AUGCGAGCAGACGGCACGCAGGCUAUAGCCGGCGUGGAAAACGUGCCGCUGGUGCCGCCGCGCAUGCAGCGGCUGGCCGCCGCGGUGCGGGAGAUGGCCGUGGCGUCCGGCUUCAAGGUGUACGACCGCCGCCAGGGCGCGAAGGUGGGGCUCUGGCGCAUGGUGAUGGUCCGCAUGAACCCGAAGGGGGAGAUGCUCGUGAUGGUGCUCGGACCGUGGAGGGAGAGGAGCGCAAGCGCGUGGAGGCAGUCCUGUGCGAGCACCUGCUCGACACCGAUCUUGGCGUCGUGUCCGUCUACCUGCAGUUCAACGACGAGGUCACCGACGCCGCGCGGCCGGGCGCCGCCGUGA